AAAUCACGUUUUGGAAUUCUGUUCUUUGCGGGGAAAUAAUGAUACUCUCGUUGGUAAUUAAUAAAAAGAAAAAACGCCGUACGUAAAUAGUUUAUAAUAAUGUAAUAUUUUCCGAGAAAAAUGGGCAGACUAUCAAAUUAGAUGUAAUCGUUUAAUGCAACAUUGAAUUUUCGAAUGUUUCCCUGGAUUUUGGUGAGCGAAAAAGUUUUUACAAAAAUACAAUGGCAACUCACAAGACAGGUGGGCAAAGUGCCCGAAAGAAAGUACAGGUUUCAAUGGUUAUAAGAGAUGAAGUGGAGAGAAAACAUCGCGCAGGAGUUAAUUCCUUGCAAUAUGAUCCAAAUUUGCAUAGGUUGUACUCUGCUGGUCGUGACAGCAUAAUAAGAAUGUGGAAUUGCACAAAUAUGAAUGAUCCGUAUAUUCAAUCGUUGGAGCAUCAUACGGAUUGGGUUAAUGAUAUCGUACUAUGUUGCGGAGGAAAAAAUCUUAUAUCUGCAAGUUCGGAUACGACAGUAAAAGUUUGGAGUGCUCAUAAGGGAUUUUGUAUGUCAACAUUAAGAACGCACAAAGAUUAUGUCAAGUCAUUAGCUUACGCUAAAGAUAAGGAGCAAGUUGCGAGUGCCGGUUUGGAUAGGGCAAUAUUUCUUUGGGACGUUAAUACACUCACGGCACUAACCGCUAGUAACAAUACCGUAACAACAUCUUCACUCUCUGGAAAUAAGGAUUCAAUAUAUAGUUUAGCGAUGAAUCCAUCGGGUUCAGUUAUUGUUAGCGGUAGUACGGAGAAAGUGUUGAGAGUCUGGGAUCCAAGGACGUGUAAUAAAUUGAUGAAAUUAAGAGGUCAUACGGACAAUAUAAAGGCACUAGUUCUCAAUAAAGAUGGCACGCAAUGUUUGUCUGCCAGUUCGGAUGGCACUAUUAAAUUAUGGUCUCUCGGUCAGCAACGUUGUGUUCAAACGAUAAAAGUUCACAGUGAAGGUGUUUGGGCCUUGCUGGUGAACGAUACAUUUAGUCAUGUUCUAUCGGGCGGUAGAGAUAAAAAGGUAAUAAUGACAGAACUGAAGAAUCCACAACGAUACAGUUUAAUCUGUGAAGAAAAAGCUCCAAUAUUAAAAAUGGUUAUGACCCCAGACCAGUCCAGUAUUUGGGUGGCAACUAGUGAAUCUACAAUUAAUAAUUACAGUAUUUCAUUUCGAGGCGAUCAAUGCGGAGAUUAUUGUGUGGACGGUAUUGGAAAUGCGGUGGGCGUUAUGAUACCACAAAAUUCAGAUCCAGUGCAAAGGAUAUUGGGUGGACCGGCGAUAAGACAAUGUUACGUUUUAAAUGACAGGCGGCAUGUUUUAACCAAAGACACUGAGGAGAAUGUAUCACUUUAUGAUGUAUUGAAAGCGUCCAAAGUUGAAGAAUUGGGCCACGUUGAUUUCGAUCAGGAAGUGAAGAAUCGUAAUAAAAUUGUUUUCGUUCCCAAUUGGUUUAAUGUCGAUUUGAAAACAGGGAUGUUAACAAUUCAUUUGGGUCAAGAUGAGAACGAUUGUUUUUCCGCGUGGGUUUCGGCAAAGGAAACAGGCCUAGCUGAAGACGAUGCAGUCGAUCAAAAAGUCAAUUAUGGAAAUCUACUUCUACAAGCACUUUUGGAACAAUGGUGGCGACCAUUGCACGCCGAUGAUGAGAAUGAGACGAACAGUAACGAUGGUAAUGUCCCAAGGCAUACGCGAGGUGGAAAUCCUUAUUUUUCCGUACCUGGACACACGCCCGUUAUUUUCAGUGAAGUGGGAGGUAGAACAUUAUAUAGAUUACUCGUUCAAGACGCCGGUGGGGAAACAGAAGGUGUUUUAUUAAACGACACUGUUCCGCCCUGGGUUCGUGAUAUUGUUGUCGAUAAAAAUUUGCCAAAAUUCAUUAAAAUUCCAUUUUAUCUUUUACCACAUUCCACGUCUGGUGUGAAGAGUUUAAAAAAGGAUCGCCUAAUAGCCAACGAUUUUAUACAAAUACGUAAAGUCGCCGAGCACGUUUACGACAAAGUUUUGGGAGCAGGAAGUGAUUCUGGUUCGGUUGCCGGUGGUGGAAAUACAGUUUCCAGCGGUUCUCCUGCCGGCGAUAGAGCAAAUACGGAUUCAAAUGCCGAUAACUCGUCAUUGGCUGAAGAAAAAGUCGAAUUAUUGUGCAACGAUCAAUUACUGGAUCCUUCAAUGGAUUUGAGAACCGUGAGACAUUUUAUCUGGAAAAGUUCAACGGACUUGACACUUCACUAUCGACCAGUGAAAUAAGUUGGAGUCGUGUUUUUUGAACAAAAAAAGAGAGAGAAAAAAAAUGAUGAUCAUUAUACAAGUGUUCCUGAUUCUUUUCAAUGACAAAGUAGGCAAUUAUUCCUAUCGAUAUUUAAUAUAGAAAUAUAUAUCUAUAUACACACGUAAAAUCUGGAUCAAUUAGUACGCGAUAAUUAUACGAAAAAGAGAAAAACUUAGCAAAAAAAAAAAAAAUUGCUGCAAGACUUGAGCGUACAUAUUUUAUAAAGAAAAAAAAAUGAUUUUUUAAAAAAUAUUCAUUAGAAUUUAAAAAAAAAGAAACAAACUUUGUAGUAGAAAAUCUUAAGUUCCACCAGGUUCCACGAUUUUUAGAAACUAAAA